AAGAGAAGAGAGGGGAAAGUGUGAAGAAGUUAAGAAACGUUGCUGCAAAAGGAGAAGCUGAUUUUCUACUACGGACUGCCCCUGCUCCGGAUCAUAAACCCUUCAGCCUGCCUUGGACUCAAUGGUCCAGGCAGGCCAAAGGUCCACGGCUGAGAGACUCCUCCUCGGAGAGAUAACCUGCCUCUCUUCAGCCUCUCCGGGAUCCAGCUUCCGGUCUGAAGCCUCUGCAAAACUCCAGUCCUGCAUUCAGUCCAGAGGGAUCUGCACCGAGAGGCUCCACACGGGACUAACAGGGAACUCUUAUGAAGGUUCACCACUGAGAAGCUACAAUGGAGAGUCACGUCACACAGAUUUCCAGGGACGACCUGGAAGAUCUCAGAGAGGCCUUUAAUAAAAUCGAUAUUGAUAACAGCGGCUUUGUGAGCGACUUUGAGCUCCAGGAGUUGUUCAGAGAGGCGAGUUUCUCCCUGCCGGGGUUCAAGGUGCGAGAAGUCAUCGAGAUCUUCCUCAGCGGAGACACCAACAAGGACGGGAAGAUCAGCUUUGAGGAAUUUGUUUCUAUCUUCCAAGAGCUGAAGAGCAAGGAGUUCAGUGAAACGUUUAGGAAGAUCAUCACGAGGAAAGAUGGGAUUCGCUCCUUUGGAGGAAUGUCUAGAAAAUCCAGCGAGGGGACACAGCACUCCUACUCCGAUGAGGAAAAGGUGGCUUUUGUCAACUGGAUCAAUAAAGCUUUGGCCAAAGACCCAGACUGCCAACAUCUGCUGCCCAUGAACCCAGACGAUGAGAGCCUCUUCGCCUCGGUCCGUGACGGCAUCUUGUUAUGCAAAAUGAUCAACCUGUCCCAGCCUGACACCAUCGACGAAAGAGUCAUCAACACCAAGAAACUGGCCACCUUCACAAUGACAGAGAAUCUGGUGCUGGCGCUGAACUCGGCCUCUGCGAUCGGCUGCACGGUGGUGAGCAUCGAUGCCCAUGAUCUGAUGGCUGGGAAACCCCAUCUGGUCCUGGGACUGUUCUGGCAGAUUAUCAAGGUUGGCCUGUUUGCUGAUAUAGAAAUCAGCAGGAACGAAGCCCUGAUCAGCCUUCUGGCAGAUGGCCAGGAAAAUCUACAGCAACUGAUGUCCCUCUCCCCCGAGGAGCUCCUGCUCCGCUGGGUCAACUAUCAUUUACGCAACGCAGGAACCAACACCAUCAGCAACUUCAGUGAAGAUAUUAAGGACUCGCGAGCCUACUUUCACCUUUUGGACCAGAUUGCUCAGGAAGAACAAGACGAUUACAAAAUGAGAGUGAAAAUUGAAAUGAGCGGCCUGAGUGAGCAUAAUUUGGACAAAAGGGCGGAGCUGAUGCUGAAGCAGGCGGCGCGGCUGGACUGCAGACAGUUUGUUUCUCCUCAUGACGUCACAUCUGGAAACAGCAAGCUCAACUUGGCCUUCGUCGCCAACCUGUUCAACAUGCACCCUGCUCUGCAGAAGGCUCACAUCAACGGAAACGGCAUCGACCCGGCAGACAUAGCACCUGAGACCAACGAAGAGAAGACAUUUAGAAACUGGAUGAACUCUCUGGGCGUCUCUCCAUACGUCAACCACCUGUACUGGGACCUUUGUGAUGGUUUGGUGAUCUUGCAGCUUUGUGAGAAGGUUAAUGUGCCCGUUAACUGGAAGAGAGUCAACAACCCGCCGUAUCCCGUCCUGGGGGCCAACAUGAAGAGGCUGGAGAACUGCAACUAUGCUGUGGAGCUCGGCAGGGACGUCGCUCACUUCUCUCUGGUCGGCAUCGGAGGAGAAAACUUGAACUCUGGGAGCCGCAUGCACACGCUGGCGCUGGUCUGGCAGCUGAUGAGGAGGUACACGCUGCUGGUUUUGUCAGAUCUGGGCGAUGGAGAGAAGGUCAAAGAUCAGAUCAUCCUCGACUGGGUCAACACCACCCUGACGAAAUCAAAGAAGAGCACACAGAUCAGCAGUUUCAAAGACAAACUGAUCAGCACCAGUCUGCCGGUGAUUGAUCUGAUCGAUGCCAUCGCUCCCAAUAACGUGAAGUGGGACAUGGUGAACAGAGGAGUGAAAGGAGUGCUGAAGGCGGACGAUAAACUCAACAACGCAAAGUAUGCAAUCUCAUUGGCUCGUAAGAUCGGAGCUCGUGUCUAUGCACUUCCUGACGAUUUGGUGGAGGUGAAUCCAAAAAUGGUGCUGACGCUGUUCGCCAGCCUCAUGGGCUACGGUUUGAAAAAGGUCAACCGCUAAAACAAAAAGAAGACAAGAACCAACCACCAGGAAACCAACCACGAACAUCCAUUUUGUUUCUAUGCGCUUUUCCUAUUUUCCCCAUCUUUUCCCCAUGAUUUUAAUUGUUCCAAUUGUAAAAUCAGAACAAGACUGUUUCUCUUUUCAUGCAAACAAUAAGCCUCCCUAAAGUUGGAAAUCACUUCUCAUCAGGAAAGCCACUUCAUUUGUUUGCUAUCUGUGAUUUCUAUAGAACAAUCUCCUAAUUGUUCUUUUUUAUAUAUUUAAUAACGCAUUACAUGUAUUGACUUUUUCUGCCAUAUAAACAGAAAGUAAGCCUCAGCAGAAAAAAGAAACAAAAACGGAAUCAUGAACAUAAAUAUAAUUUAUGUCUGUAAAUGUUGUGCAUUGAAUAUUGCUAUUUAAUUAAAGAGAUAAUCUAUUGAAUGUA